CAGCGUUGGCUCGAGUCCGAUAUACUUGUUAUGUAUCAAGAAUGUUGAGUUACGAUAGACAAAGCUAUGCUGCAGAAAAUCCUUUCUCAAGUUCAUCUGACGAUGAUACCGGCUACAUUAGUAAAAAAGGUUCAAGUAGCCCGAUGAGCGAAUUUGAUGAGUCGAUUCAAACGAUGUGCGAUAUUUAUGGACAGACACCGCCUAGGACUCGACUAAAUCGCAAGAAACGAUACAUGAAGCAAAAACUCAAUGGAGGGGAAACAAAAUCGUUAGAGAAAGAAGCAUCAUCGAAGAUAACGAUUCGUAGACGAAAUACUCUAGAUAACAUAAUUUUCAAUGAAAUGUGUGACAAAGCAGACAAGGAUUGGGAAAAUGAGACGAAUCAAGAUAUAACGAAAGAAGGAAAUCGGAAAUGUAAAAGAAGUUUGAAGGUGUUACGGGGGAGUGAAAGAGAUUUAAAACUCGAUAUGGAGGCAGCUUACAAUUAUGCUGAGAAAUUUGAUCAUUAUCAACUAUCCACUCCUAAUCAUAUCAAGAUUGAAACUCGAAAUAGAUUUCGUAGUCUGUGGUCAAAGCCUGUUGAUAUAGAAGAGAAAAAGGCUGAAGUUACUGUUAAUGAGCAAAUAAAAAUUUUGAAUAAUAAAGAGCUGAUAGCACAGUCACCGAAAACGUUGAGUCUUAAAGAAAGAGAAAUAUUUCACGAUACGUUUUCCAUAUUGAUUAAAUUGGGAAGUACAGAACGUAAUUGCCGUCGUCAAAUGAGUCACGAGGAAACACGAUGGCAAAACGAAUUGAAAGAUUUAAUAUGGCUAGAGUUGCAAGCUCAUCGUGCUGAUCGUAGUCCAAUGGCUCAAGACGAAUAUCUAUGCAAACAACGUGAGGCUGUGGAAGGUUUACUUAAAGAAAUAAUGGAGUACAGGUACGAUCCUAUUGCUAGUGUGAAAAAUAACAAUAUACCCUGCGCCAAUGUGAAUACUACAUGUGUCGACCGAAUAAUGAAUCCUGGAUCAAGUCCGAAUAUAGAGUUGGGUGUUUGUCCAGGAUGUCUUUCAAUGUAUUGUAGAGCAUGUGCACGAGCACAGGGAGAAGCGUUACAACAAAUAGAAGGUUUAUUGACUAGAUUGGAAGCAGCAGAAGCGCUUUAUCCUUCGUCACAAGCUUUUGGUGCACAUUAUCCUUUAUAUAAAAGUACAGAGUGUACUGGUAGAGUAAAGGCAAUGUGCCUUUGGUACAAUAUGACCAGACAUCAUCGACUUAAACUACAAAUAUUGGGAAAACUACUUAUGAUGUUACAUACUAAGAAAAAGCAUGAUGAUAAUUGUGAUUCUGGAAUAAGUUCAAAAUCUUCAGAUACAGUCGAUUGUUCAGAACACAGACGGACUUUGGUACGAUUUGAAGUAUUAAAUCAACAAGAUGAAAAUUCCAGCCCCUCGGAUAGUAAUAAUAGUAAUAAUUCUUCUAUUAGUAUAUCUUUUGUACAAACUUGGCCUUCUACUCCUGAAACUUCAUUUACAUCUGUGGAUGACGAUAAAACCGACCGUCUGGACUUUUAUUUAGUUGAAUUCGAUCGACAGGCGUAUAGGAAAUAUAUCGAAGAUGUACUAAAAACUAGAGGUUUAAGAAAAAGUCUAAAUUUUCUUGAGAGACUACAUACUUCUGUCCUGAGAAAAGCAAGACUGACCUUAGAGAAAGUUGAUAUAAGUAAAUGUAGUAAUUUAAAUGAAGAGUAUGAAGGUGAUGAAGAAUUGCGUCGAUAUGGUACAUGGAGUUGUGAAGCAAGAGAAUUAAACCUUCCAUCAUAUAGAGCUGCGUUUGUUUUUCUAUCUCGAGUUCCAUUAGACGUUGUUCACGAAUUUUUAAGAAUGAGAUUAGAGCAAAAGCCAGAACAACCUAGUCCGUUAUCGGUUCGACAACUUAUGCGUGAACUUAGGGAAGGUCUCAGAAUUGCGUGUAUUCAUCGUGACAGAUUUGCUGCACAUUCUUGUGCAGCAAUUGCAAGUGAUAACGACGGUUGUGAACAUCUAUUUCAAGAAGAUGUAACAGAUUUUGAUGAAAGUUUAAAAGAUGUUUUUGAAGUGUAUCUUGAUUAUCUGCAGCAAUGGGUAGAUAUGGUACAGCAUGACAGUUUCCAUAAAAAUUUGAUUAUGGAUGAGUGGAUAUUUGUACAAUCGAUAGCAGGAAAUAUAUUGAAUGGAUAUGCAAUUGCAGGAGUAAAAUUUUGUGAAAUAGCAAAAACGAUGCUUGAGCAAGUUAAAGAAUAUCUUAAUGAGAGACCUCGAGAAAUAAAAGAAACUACUGAAGAAUGGAGCGACGACGACUGGUCAAAUAGAUUUCAACUUAUGUUCGUGGGACGUGAAUGGCAAGGAAUGUUUGUAGAGGUUCGAGAAAAGGUAGUUAAGAGUGUUACUCUUGUUAAAUGUUUAAAGCGUGACAUUGAAAAAUGGUCUGUUUUCAACAAGGAAUUAGAGAAGUCAUUAAAUACUUUAAAGGAAACGGUUAUGGAUCUUAGAUAUAGCAUUACAAGUGUUAUUGAAAAUUUUCAACGUGACCUUGAGCAAGCAGAAGAACCAAAUACUGAAUGUGAUCAAUUUGCUAUGCGUUCUAGAGUAAGAGAAAUACUUCACCAGGCUUAUCGAAUGGGUUUCGAUUAUCACAAGGAAACGUGUAAAUUAUUUGCCCUCGAAGAAAAAACUGUUUUAGCUAGAAGUUUAGUUUCUUUUGCUCUUUUGUGGAUGGAAUUUGUUAGAACACGAUGUGAACGUGGGAGAGGUUUAAGACCCCGAUGGGCAAAUCAAGGUUUAGAAUUCUUAAUUACAGUAUGUGAACCACACAAUACCAAACAUUUAACGGAUGUGGAGUUUGAAGAAUUAAAAACUUGCAUGGACCGUUGUAUCUCACACGUCAUUGGAAGCACGAAUCCUGUUACAACUGUGGAAACAGAAAAUUUAAAACGGUUAUCUCAUUCAAGAGCAUCUUCACCUUGCCAUACUAGAAGUAGAACUGCAAGUUUCAGUCAUUCUCAGAAACCUAGAGAUACUCUUAAAUCUCCUGAUAUUCCAUCGAAUAUUAAAAAAUCUUCUUCGCCAAGUGUAGUCGAUGGAAAUGUAGGUGUAGUUGCAAAUGCGUUGGAUCGUAGUAUAUCUAGGCAAGAAAGAAUUAAUCGGGCUAUAAAAAAGGUAGAAUGCGAUAUUGAUGAAAAGUUAAGAAGUCGUGAACUUAUUGGGCAAGUUACAGAUAAGGCAACUGUUGAUAGAGUUCGUGUUAAGGCAAGGAGAGUUACUUUUACCUGGCAACGGGGUAUUAAAAUAGGGCAAGGGAGAUUUGGUAAAGUAUAUACCAUAGUUAAUAAUCAAACUGGUGAAUUAUUAGCUAUGAAAGAAGUGCAAAUACAACCCGGGGACCAUAGGGCCAUUAGGCGUGUUGCUGAGGAGUUACAAAUAUUUGAAGGAAUUCAACACGAACAUUUAGUUCGAUAUUAUGGGCUAGAAAUUCAUCGUGAAGAAAUGUUGAUUUUUAUGGAAUUUUGCGCGGAGGGAACUUUGGAAAGUCUAGUAGCAGGAAGCGGGAAUGGUUUGCCGGAAUCAUUAAUUAGAAAAUAUACUCAUCAACUUCUCUUAGCUAUAACAGCACUUCAUUCUCAUGGAAUAGUACAUCGAGACAUUAAAUCUGCGAAUAUUUUUUUAACGGAUGAGGGUAAUUGUUUGAAACUUGGUGAUUUUGGAAGUGCAGUACAAAUUAAAGCACAUACAACUAUGCCGGGUGAAUUACAGGGUUUUGUUGGUACUCAAGCUUAUAUGGCACCAGAAGUAUUUAUGAAGUCGGAAAGUAGUGGUCAUGGUAGAGCCGCUGAUAUAUGGUCGGUUGGUUGUUGCGUCAUAGAAAUGGCUAGUGGACGAAGACCGUGGUCAGAUUACGAUUCUAAUUAUCAAAUCAUGUUUAAGGUGGGAAUGGGUGAAAGUCCAGCUUUACCAAAAAAUCUUUCGAUUGAAGGCAUUGAUUUAGUUAAAAAAUGUUUACAACAUGAUCCGAAGAAACGGUUAACUGCAAGUGUCUUACUUACACUUCCAUUUGCACAAGCAUAUGAAGAUGUUAAUGCUGACUUGACGAUAUCACGUCAUUAA